CCAUGAACGUUAAGAAAGACCAACACACAUCUCCACAGUCUCUCCUAGCCGAGACGAACACUAUCAACCUCAAGAACGACCAAAACACAUCUCCAACAUCUCUCCUAACUGAGACCAUACCUAUCAACGUCAAGAAAGACCACCACACAUCUCCACCGCCUCUCCUAACCGAGACACUACCUAUCAUUGAUCUAAGCGAUCCAAGGGAGGAGAUAGUAACAAAUAAACUGGUGAAAGCGAGUGAAGAGUGGGGGGUUUUUCAGGUGGUUAACCAUGGCAUUCCUGCGGAGUUAAUGCAGCAGCUUCAAGACUCGGGGAGGAAGUUUUUCGAGUUACCGGUUUCCGAAAAGGAAACUGUCAGAAAGCCAGCUGACUCCACAGAUAUGGAAGGUUACUUCACCAAGGGUCCAAAUAUUUUUAAGGAUUGGGGAGAUCAUCUGCUUCACAAAAUCUCCCCACCAUCGUCUAUCAACUAUAGAUAUUGGCCUAAGAAUCCUUCAAAUUACAGGGAGGUGACGGAGGAGUACACAAGGAAUGUUAAGAAGCUAACGGAGAAAAUUGUUGGUUACUUAUCAAAGGGGUUAGGGUUACGGCGAGAGGCUUUGGCAGAAAGUCUAGGUGGCGAUACAUCAGUGUAUUUGUUGAGAAUCAAUCACUAUCCGCCGUCGGAGUCAUCAGUCAUUGGAGCACCACCGCACACAGAUAUAUGUGCAAUCACACUUUUCAUCACCGACGAGGUUCCAGGGCUUCAAGUGUUCAAGGACAACCACUGGCUCGAUGUUGAGUAUAUCAACUCAGCCAUCCUUGUCUUCAUCGGUGAUCAGUUCAUGAGGAUGAGCAACGGGAGGUACAAGAACGUGUUACAUAGAUCAGUAUUGAAUAAGGAAAGGACUAGAAUGUCGUGGCCUGUUUUCGUAGAGCCUAAUCAUGAUUUGGUCGUUGGACCUUUGCCUGAGCUCACGGGAGACGAGAAUCCUCCAAAGUUUGAGUCUUUAACUUUUCCAGACUACGUAAAACGUAAGAUCGAAAUCCUUCUUCGUGAUUGAUGGCACCUCACUUACUACAACUUCAAUUAUGAACAUGUGUUGUGACGUUCAAGACUAUGCAUAGCACUAGCUGUUAGUCAAAAGGGUGUGUGUGUUAAGUUUAGUAGUUUCGUUUUGUUAAGAGUCACAAUAAAGAAGAGUCACAGCUCUUGACUUCAAGUCUGUUGUAUUCUAUUUAAGUAGUUUCGUUUCGUUAAGGGUCACAAUAAAGAAGAGAGUCACAACUCUUGACUUUCAAGUCUGUUGUAUUCUAUAUAAACCUGUUGUUGUAAUGUCGAAACGCCACAAGUCGUUGGUUUUCACUUUCUAUUUAAUAAAACAAAUGUUUGUGUUU